AUGGCGAGCAAAGCUAUCAAUGUUGAUUAUAAAGGGCGCAUUGCUGUAAUUACCCUCGACCAGCCUGAAAGGCUGAAUUCUUUCAAUGAAGAGCAAUUCUAUUUUCUAGGGGAGUGUUUACGAGAGAUAGCAAAGCACGAUGAGGUGGCCAUCACUCUGCUCAUUGGGACCGGCCGGUUCUUUUCAUCGUAUGUCAUGUUACUUAUUCAUCCAGUCUCAGCUCAAUUUGCUUUCUGGUAUCUAACCCGGUCAUCAACUCUCUUUAGCGGCGCGGAUGUGUCUGAUCUGGGUAAAGUAAUGGCAGCGCCAAACCGCAAAGACAUCUUGGCGGCAUCGCUGUUCAACAACAUCGACCUUACUCGGGCGUUUUAUACGCACCCCAAGAUUCUGGUCGUGGGACUUAAUGGCCCUGUUGUCGGGUUCCCAGCGGCGCUGAUCUCGUUUGCCGAUUUCAUAUACGCUCGCCCUCAUGCCUACUUGCUUCUUCCAUUCUCCUCGCUUGGGUUUGCAGCCGAGGGCGGCGCCUCACGUGCGUUGCGAGACCGCCUCGGAGUAGCAAAAGCAAAGGAAGCUCUGAUGAUGAGCAAGCGUAUUCCAUCUGAAGAGCUUUUGGCAUGUGGAUUCGUGAACAAGAUUCUGCAGCCGCUCUCACAAGGAUCGAACGCGGGUGGAGCUGACCCGUUGGAAUUCUUGAACCAAGUUCUCAAGGAGCUUGGUAAAGAUCUCGGGAGUCAUCUUAGCGAUUCAAGCCUGUUGAGUAUCAAGCAACAGUUUUUCCAAGAUGACAGACGGGCAUAUGAGCAUACAACUGUGCAGGAGGCUUAUACGGCCGUGGAGAAGAUGUGUGCUGGAGUCCCGCAAAAGCAGAUGCAAAGAAUAGCCGCCGCGAAAAAGAUGAAGUCUAAAUUAUGA